AACCGUCAUCGCCGUUUGUGGCGUCAUUGCGGUUCGUGCCUCCCAAAAACCUGGAUGCCAUUUUGCUCAUAUUGCCACUUGUACCCACGCGACCCACAGCUCACCGAGGAAAACGAUAGAUCCGUACUCGACCCACGGUCUUACCGUUCGCUGGCCUCUUUCGCCGGGUCCCUUUUUCUCUCGCAGAACGCCAUCCGAACCAACCUGUCACUGCACAAGUGCUUCGUGCGGUACGAGGAUGACUUUGGCUCGUUCUGGAUGGUGGACGAUCAUGAGUUUCUCAAGCGACGUCAUCUGUCACGAGGACGUCCUCGGAAGUAUGACAUUUCGAUGCCACCGCUCACCGACACCCCUGGCACGCCAGUGGGUCCUUCACGUCCACCAGGAGGCGCCACAGACCAACCCACGCCGGGUGAGCUAGGACACCACGACACCACCGAUGAGUCGGUGUCAAUGCCACCCGGAAGUGGUGGACCAGCUCGGCUUGGGGAUAGUCCGGUGCGUGGGUAUGGGGAGGAGUACCCCGCUGGAGGUCACGAGUCGGGAGGUCCUGGAAGGGUGAUGGUGGCGCCGGCUAGUGACAAGGAGGGCCUGAAUAUGGGCGCUACUAGACGACCAGGGACGAAGAAGCACGACUACACCAGACGGUAACGACGUCCAGCAGAAUGCUGGGAAAUGUCCUUUUUUAUCACACUUCCAGCACUCCGCAGCCACUUUGCUCGUGUGUAUCUCUUUCCUUAUUUAUUCCUACAGCUCUUUCAGGGUCUCGAUCGCACCACAAACACUGAAAUGCUCAAUGGUUUAGACAAGUGGUCUUGCUUUUGUGUUUCUGCAUCCUGAUUGACUAUCUUAGUUUUACCAAAUGUCUUUCUAUUAACCGGUCGAUUCUUCGACUCAGUUUACCAGUAAUUUUCUGGACUCUUUCUCUCUGUAUGAGCACUAUUUACAGGCAUAAUGAUAGGAAGACCAUAUCACACCGGAUCUGGAGGAGAAAAUGGAGGUCCUAACGAUCGAUGAGAGGUAGAUGUCAAAAGAAGAGUCCCAUGAGUUGUCGAGCAUGUGAAUGAAAUAAAAACAAACGC